AUGGAAGCCGAAAUGAGAGUGCCAAAACUUAAAGAUUCAUUGUCUUGGGGCGAGCGAAAAAAGCAGAAAAUAUCAAGCGAGGAUACUCACAUUCUUUCUUCUUCUGCAAUGUCCAACUUAAAUAAAUUUGCAGAUGAUGGAAGCUUUUUGUUUAAAUUUAUGCAUCCCCCAAAAACUGACAACUCUGGUGAUGUUGUUUGUGACAAUUCCUCUAAUUCAAAGCCUGAAGCAAUAUUCAAUGAGUUGAGACCAUUGGAAUCCAAGAAAGGCAGUGAAUAUGAUUACGACAAUAGUCCAAAGAGAAAGACCCCGAAGAAAGGCAUUGGUAAAUCAACUAAUGUAAAUAAUUUUGUAAACUGCAUUUUGACUCAAGAUGAGCGUUGUAAAUUCUGCUUUGAGAAUACAACGAGACCAAAACAUUUGGUUGUUGCCAUUGCAAAUUUCACUUACUUAUCGUUACCACAGUGGCAGCCCAUUGUCCCAGGUCAUUGUUGCAUUUUAACCCUACACCACGAAUCAGCUACGCGAUCUGUUGACGAUAAUGUGUGGGAGGAAAUUCGGAAUUUCAAAAAAUGCCUCAUUAUGAUGCUCGCAAAGCAAGAGAAGGGUGUUGUGUUCCUCGAAACUGUUAUUGGAUUGGCAAAGCAAAGGCGUCACUGUUUAGUUGAAUGCAUUCCUCUACCCCAAGACGUUGCAAAACAGGCACCGUUGUAUUUCAAGAAGGCGAUUGAUGAAGCCGAAGAUGAAUGGAGUCAACAUAACGCAAAGAAGCUCAUAGAUACGAGUAUAAAAGGGUUGCGGGCUUCAAUCCCCAAGGAUUUUCCAUACUUCCAUGUUGAAUUUGGUCUGAAUCGGGGGUUUGUUCAUGUAAUUGAGGACGAAAAGGGUUUUAAAAGCAGUUUUGGCCUCGACAUGGUAAGGGGUAUGCUAAAAUUGCCAGCUAAGGAUAUGCAUUCACAUCGGACGCAUGAAUUUAUAGCGACGCAGAAGCAAGCUGUUGCAAGUUUUGCACGAGAUUGGGAACCUUUCAAUUGGACAAAGCAACUUGACUAA